AGUCAUUCCCCACCCCAUCAAUAUUCACACCAAUUCCCCAACAUAGUUGCAGAACCUUAGCCUUUGUCGGUCCAUUACAUUCCCCAUGGCUUCCAAGACUUUGGCUGUUCUUGCUUUUGCAUUGUUCGCCUUCAAUUUGCAAGCCACCCUAGGGGAAAUAACAUGUGAACACCUUGACCAAGACACAUGCGCCUACGCCGUGGCAUCGACCGGCAAGCGUUGUGUGCUGGAGAAGCACGUCAAGAGGAGCGGAGAAGAAGAAUACACUUGCCGCACAUCCGAAAUCGAAGCCGAUAAGAUCCGGAACUGGAUCGAAACUGACCAGUGUGUUAAGGCCUGCGGCAUCGACCGGAACUCCUUCGGCAUCUCGUCCGAUCUGCUCAUCGAGUCUCGCUUCACGGGAAUGCUUUGCUCCCCUCAAUGCUACGACGGCUGUCCCAACGUCGUCGACCUUUUCUUCAACCUCGCCGCAGGAGAAGGUGUUUUUCUUCCGAAACUAUGCGAAGCACGACAAGGGAACGUGCGAAGAGGAAUGUCGGAGAUCGAAGACUCAGGUUUGAUCGCACCAGGACCCAUCGGCGGCGGCGUGAGGUUCAAGGGACUUCCUCCGGCAAAUGCACCAUUCUAAAAUCUUGAUUGAAUGGAAAAUUUCACAAAAUUUUUACCAGUAGUCUGAAAUAAAAGGAGAGUUGCAGUAGCUAGGGGUGAUUUCUCAAGGCGGGUUCAAGUGCAUGCAUGGACCGGUGUGAUCUUAUUCGUGCAUGUUGUGAGCCAUGAGCUUGUUGCGUUCAAUCCAAUAAGAUGCUUCUUUCUAUAGGGUUUUGCUUAUUCAAAUGGAUUCUACCUUCUCUAUCUAAUAAUAUAAAUAUAAAAAAGUCUAUUAAUCUUAAAGGCUGUUAUCUAAUAUAUAACUACAUUAAUAAAAACAAAAUCGUUUUUAAUA